AUGACAGCUUUUGAAGAAUUUGGAGUUAUUCCGGAACUAUUUCCGGCGUUUGAGAAACUUGGAUGGAGUUUACCGACUCCUGUUCAAGCGGAAGCGAUUCCAGCAAUUCUCGGAGGCUCCGAUGUGUUGAUUGCCGCCGAAACGGGUAGUGGAAAAACGGGUGCGGUUUCAGUACCGGUGGCCCAAAUUGUGUGGGAGCGCCGGCGUGAAUCAGAGCAAAAAGCGACAAAAAGCGAAAAUGUGCAGAAGGAAUUCGUGUUAAACUUGAAAGAUCGAAGUCCAAGCCUUCAAAUCGACCAAACCGGUCUGGUAUGUGAGAGUCGGGUGCCGAAACAAUGGAACGGAGUGCGUUGUGUGGCCGGAGUUCAUACCAAAGGAAAAUAUUAUUAUGAGGUGACAAUUAAACGUGAUGGUCUUUGUCGAGUCGGUUGGGCAACAAUCUCUGGCUCGCUUCAAAUUGGAACCGAUUAUGAGAGUUUCGGAUACGGUGGAACUGGAAAAAAGAGUUUCGGCAAGAAAUUCGAUGAUUAUGGCACUUGCUUUACCACUAAUGAUGUUCUUGGCUGCUUUUUGGAUUUGGACAAUCUCGAAAUUUGGUGGUCAAAAAAUGGAAUGGAAUAUCAUCCGGGCUUCAAAAUCGCCGAGAAAUUUCGCCAAAAGCAGCAUUGUUUGUUUCCGGCUAUGGUUUUGCAGAAUUCGUCUCUUGAGGCGAAUUUCGGCAAUUCUCCGUUCAAAUUUGCGCCCAGACAUGGAUUUGUGGCGGUGAAAGAUGCAGAGUUGAUCAAAUGGUAUUCGGCGGAAGAAGUUGUUGAAGCGGACUCGAACAGCCCGGUUUGUGUUAUUCUCGAGCCGACGAGGGAGCUCGUCGAACAAACAUUCAAGAAUGUUGAAGUAUUCUCAACUGUUCUUCAAUCGCCCAGUUUGAGAUGUGUUUCGCUGGCCGCCGGUGUUGAUAUGCGCACAAUUCUGUCAAAACUCGAAGCAGGAUCCGAUAUUGUCGUCGGAACUCCAUCAAGGAUUGUUGAUCUCAUACAAUCUGGCAAAUUGGCAGUUCAUGCACUUCAAUUUGUGGUUAUUGAUGAGAUUGACCAAUUUUUGGGUGAUAAUCGAGGCGGCGGACGACAAAUCGACAUCCUUUUUAGACAUUUGCCGCUGGUUUCGGCGCACGGCUGGAAGCGGCAGAUAAUCGCAUGUUCAGCGACAAUGCACAAUUUCGAAGUCGCAAAAUUUGCGGAUCGCUACAUGUCGUUCCCGCAAUGGAUCGAUUUGAAAGGAAUCGACAGUGUUUCAAACAAUGUUCACCAUGUGGUAUGUCGGGUGGAUGCCGCUGAAGACAAGCAGUGGAUUCGGGUUGUCCAUCAGAAGAAUCAUCUCGAAGAUGAUCAUAUCCAUGACAAGGAUCAGCUGCGUCUUGGCACGAACGACCGCAAUACGUUGUCGUUUGGAACGAAAAUACUUAAGGGAAUCUAUGUUUUGAGGGCGAUCAAAGCUUUAAAAAUGGACAAGGCGAUAAUUUUCUGUCGGACGAAACAACAAUGUGACCAUAUGGAAAAAUAUUUGAGACAAAACGAUUACACAGCGGCGUGUUUGCACGGAGAUCGAUCAGCCGCUGAAAGGCAAGCUUCUUUAGAGGGGUUCAAGGACGGAAAGAUGGCCUUCCUUGUGUGCACAGAUGUCGUCGCCAGAGGAUUGGACAUUGUUGGGGUCCCAUUUGUGAUCAAUGUCAACUUGCCCGAUGACAAAACCUUGUAUGUACAUCGGAUUGGGCGAGUUGGAAGAGCUGAUAGAAUGGGAUUAUCGGUGUCUUUGGUUUCCGAACAUGACGAGAAAGUCUGGUUCCAUAAAUGUACAUCGAGAAUCUGUACAAACUCAAAAGAGCUUCAAUUUGGUGGUUGCGCGAUUUGGUAUCAAGAAAAACAGUAUUUGGCUGAAAUUGAAGAGCAUUUAGGAUGCACUAUCAGCCAGAUUGAUAGCGAUUUCCAAGUGCCUGUUGAUGAAUUCGAUGGAAAAGUGGUUUAUGGUGAACGAAGGACGGGUGGCGGUGGAUUUCAGGGAUAUGGAUUUUCGGCGUCUUCCGCUGUUUCCCAACUCGCUGACUUGGAAUCUAGGAUGCAAAUUGAAUUUUUGAAAGAUGUAGCUUAUUUAUUGGCGUGA